AUGGAGUCCAUCUGCAGUUUUCUUGUUUGCUCAGGCCUGUUCUUGGCCAUAGCUAUGAUUCUAUGCCUCAAAGGGAAAAAUUUGGGACGUAGAACCAAGAAACUGCCUCCAGGGCCUCCAGGAUGGCCAAUCAUAGGCAAUAUUUUCGAUCUUGGAACUGAGCCACACCGAGCUCUACAGGAGCUUAAGUUGAAGUAUGGACCUGUUCUCAGGCUAAGACUAGGAUCCAUGGACACAGUAGUGAUCCAGUCAGCCAAGGCAGCGGCACAGUUGCUCAAGAAUCAUGACGCCAGCUUCUGUGACCGCAAGCCUCUUGAUGUAUUCACUUGUCAUAACUAUCGAGAUGGGUCACUUGCUGUUGGCCGGUUUAGCCCCUACUGGCGCACGGUUAGGCGUCUUUUUUCGGUGGAAAUGAUGACCGUCAAGCGAAUCAAUGAUACAGCCUCCAUUCGGCGGAAGUGCAUCGACCAGAUGAUAAGGAAUAUUGAAGAUGAUACAGCAGCUGCAAAUGCAAGGGGAGAGUCAGGGGCAGUGAAUUUACCCCACUAUCUCUUUCUAAUGACAUUCAACGUAAUUGGUAACCUCAUGCUCUCAAGAGACCUUUUGGAUUCACAGUGCAAAGAAGGGUAUGAAUUUUUUCAAGCCACAGGAAUGACUGCAAUGUGGGCAGGGACGCCAAAUGUAGCAGAUUUUCUACCAUUCUUGAAAUGGUUUGAUCCACAGGGGUUAAGGAGGAACAUGUCGAGAGAUAUGGCAAGAGCUUUGAAGAUUGUUGAAGGGUUUGUGAAAGAGAGGCUUGAGGAAUACAAAUUAGGGAAUGAGGAGAAGAAUAAUAAGGACUUCCUAGACACUUUGUUGGAAUUUGAAGGUGAUGGUAAAGAUUGGCAUGAGAAGAUCCCAUAUGAAAGAAUCAUUAUAAUCAUAUUGGAAAUGUUUUUUGCUGGGUCAGAGACUACAAGUGCAGCAACAGAAUGGGCUAUGGCAGAGUUACUUCGUAAACCUGAAGCCAUGAGAAAGGUUAAAGAAGAACUCAAUGAAGUAGUUGGAGAGAAUAGAAAUGUUGAAGAGCGCGACAUAGAGAAAUUGCCAUAUUUGCAAGCUGUUGUGAAGGAAGCACUUCGGUUACAUCCCUCAGUUCCUUUACUCGUUCCAAGAAACACAAUGCAAGAUACAAAUUUCAUGGGGUACCAUAUAGCCAAAGAUACUCAAGUUUUUGUGAAUGCAUGGGCAAUAGGAAGAGACCCAGAUUCUUGGGAAGAUCCCUUGACCUUUAAGCCUGAGAGGUUUUUAGGUUCAAACAUUGACUACAAGGGGCAAAAUUUUGAGUUGAUUCCAUUUGGAUCAGGGAGGAGGAUUUGUAUAGGUAUGUUAUUGGCACAACGGGUACUUCUCCUUAGUCUAGCAUCUUUAAUUCACUGUUUUGAUUGGGAACUCGACAAGGAUUGAACCACCCCUGAGACCUUAGAUAUGAGAGAAGAUUGGAAUGAGUGUGAAAAAACUUAUACCUUUGAAUGUGAUACCCAAGAAACGUCCAAGGAUAAUGGCUGCCUAAAUAAUACUCUAAACGUAAUUAGCGUGGUAGGUUCACUUUUCAAUUUGGAUGAAAUCUUAAAUUUAAAUUUUAUUUUGUCUUUUAAAAAAUCCAUCUAGAUGGUUGUGUGAUG